GACGACUGCUCUAUAUAUUUGGGGCAAGACGCAAUUGAGCCAUCACUAAACAACAACAUCUGAAAAUAAACCUGCACCUGAGAUCCUAUUCUACAGCCACAGUACUUCGCGAUGCAUUUCGGAUCGGAUUAUGUCGUUGCGGCGGCGGAGUUGGGGGUCUAUAUACCUUGCAUUAUGCUCGCCUGUCUUGUUUGUGCCCGGCAUGGGUUCAGCCGCAGUUCAGGCUGGUAUUAUACCUUUACACUAUGUCUUAUACGUAUCGCCGGAGCUGUCUGUCAGCUCUUGACCCUGACCGACCAUUCGAUCGGCCUUCUGGAAGCAGUCCUCGUCUUGGCGCAUAUCGGCCUAAGUUCUCUUAUAUUAUCGACUUUGGGAAUGCUGUCACGAAUAGCCGACUGGAUAAAUGGACGAUGCUCUUCUCCACCACUUUCAAUGCGGUACUUCCGCCUGGCACAGCUUGUCGUCGUCGUGGGUAUCAUCCUUGGCAUUAUCGGAGCCAUACAAAGUAGCGAUAGCAGCAAGCGUGCCGCCGACGGGUCACCUGCAGCAUUGUCCAAGGUCGCCGUUGUCUGCUAUGUGGCAGGAUAUGCAAUGCUAGUCUUUUUGACCGCUAGAGCUCUGGCAUCUAGAAGCCUUGUCCCUAACAAAGAACUGCUGUUGGUGGCUGCAGUCUGUGUAACGAUGCCGCUCGUCUUUAUCCGACUGAUAUAUCAGGUAUUGUUGGUUUUUGUGCACCGAGGCGACUUCAAACGGAUUAACGCCCCUGUUGUACCCUUGGUCCUCAUGUCUGUCGUCGAAGAGUUCUUGACAGUGUUUAUCUACCUCUUUGUAGGCAUGAGGCUCGGCAAGCUCGACGGAUUAGAACAAGGACCCAUCUCGUCGCGCCCUUGGAGAAUCCGAGGCAAGACCAAGAGGAGAGGAAGACGCCGGGGACGCGACGCGGAGUAUCAGUAUCCUAUUGUCCAUGGCUACCAGGCGCCUAUGCCGAUGGAGUAUGAGAUGGGCCGAAUUCCUUAAAAUGAGAGAGCAGGGCUCAUGACAUAGACAAGAGCCAAUACGUGACUGAGUUUGAUUUGAGGUGGUUCAAAUUUUGCGUCUGCAUUAUUAGUUCUCGCUUAAACAGAAAAUACCAUGAUGGUCACCGCGUG